AUGGCAUCAGUCCUGUCCGAGCAGCUCCAGUGCCCAGUGUGUUUGUGCGUUUUCACCGACCCGGUGAGUCUACCGUGCGACCACACCUUCUGCCGCCCCUGCAUCAGCGCUCACCUGUUGCAGAGCUCAGUGAAGAGCCAGAGCCGCUGCCCAGAGUGCCGCGGCCCUUUCAGCCAGAAGGAUCUCCGGGCUCACCGUGUCUUGACCAAUAUGGCAGAUGCGGCUCGAGAGGAGGAGGAGAGCGGCCUCGCAGCGAGGGGACCAGAGGCACCGCAGGGACGCACUGUAGCCUCAGAGCUGGUGUGUCCAGAGCAUGACGAGAAGUUCAAGUUGUUCUGUGAGACAGACCAGAGGUUGGUGUGUGUGAUCUGUAGAGAUGGAGAAAAGCACCGGGGACACACGUUCACACCUGUGAAAGAGGCAGCAAAGAUCAGUAAGAACGUUCUGAGGGGAGCUCUGGGGUUCCUGGUGAAAGAGAACCGUGAAAUGGAAGGACUGAACCAACAGCAGGCCUCUGAGAUCAUCAAGACCAAGGAGAAGUCUAAAAGCCUGUCGGCUCACAUCUCCUCCUGUUUCGAGGAGCUGCACCAGUUCCUGAGGAGGAGGGAGGAGGAGUUGAAGGAGGAGCAGGAGAGGGAAGAGAAGAAAACUGUGGCGGCCAUGCUGAAGAAUGAUUGUGUGAUAGAGAACAGGCUGAUGAUUGGGAGGGAGAUGGAAGUGACUCUGCAGUCUGCUCUGGAGAUACCUAAGUCUGACCACUUUCUAGAGUGGUGGAGUGAAAGAGGCCUUCCUGUUAUUGAGGGGAUGAAGAUAAAGGACACAGCCAAACCUAAUUACAGGUCAAGGGUUAGAGGUCUGUCUGUGACCCCUGACUCUCUCAAUCUCGGCCUCUACGAGACUCACCUGCCCUUCUGCAUGUGGAAGGAGAUGCUAAAGGUCGUCAAACCAGUUCCUGUGCGCCUCACCCUUAGCAGCAGUGAUAAUUCCUAUUUAAAGGUAUCAGAGGGUGGGGCCAGUGUCAGGCACGCAGACCAGGGCGGCUUCGGCUUCAAGUACUACCGUGACUACGCCGCCACCACCACCGUCGUCUCCACAGAAACCGUCCAAACAGGGCAGCACUACUGGGAAGUGGAGGUGGGGGGGAAGCUGGACUGGGGGGUGGGGCUGAAGGUGAAGGAAGAUUCCGGCAAAGAGUCUGUCCUGUCUCCAGAGAGGGAGAUAAUGUUGCACCUGAAGCCUGAGAAGGGCCUGGUGUUCAGCCAUGAUGGUGUGGAGACGCCCCUGAUGGCUGCUGGUGGUGACCCAGGUACUCAGGCUGAGGCCCAGGCCGGGCCUCGUAGGGUCGGGCUGUACCUAGACUGUGACAGGGAGAUGGUGUCCUUCUAUGAUGCAGACAGCAUGGUUCUCCUCCACUCCUCAUGGUGCAGCUUCAUCUCCCCGUGUUCCUUAUGCCUCUGCACCGGGCCGUACAUGGAGGGCCGCAACACUAACCCAUUGACUGUCUGUUGGUACUGA